GUCUGAAGGGGUGUGCACCAGCCUUCUAUGGCGUAUACACGAACACGACGCAUAGUGAUAGAGGAGGCAGUCCGCCGUGCGUUUCAAUUGCUGGAGAGCUGACUUUGUUUAAUUUGUGUUCAAUUUUCUUAAAAGGAAGCGGGGGCGCAAAAGAAGAAUGAAAGAGCUCUCAACGCGAACGGGACGCAAUCAUGAACGGGUCCUUGUACAUUUCUUUCUUCCAAGGACAACUCGAGCCUGUCUUGGAGCAAGUGGUGCAACUCGCAGUCCAGGAAAUAAGCAAGACUGUGGGGUCGAGUCUCAAUUCUAUGUUACUGGAAACUGUUGUCAAAGAACAGGAGAACAAGCAACUUAAACUGCAGCUCCAGUCGCGGGAGAAUGGAGGUGUUGCCCUCGACAAUGGGUGCCCGAUGCCCGCUAGCAAGGCGGCCGACAGCGCGGGCAGUGGCAGAACAAAGCUCGGGCCACUACCAGACUCCCACGCCCCCGUCCACUGCACCGCGCGCGGCAUGCCCGCAGAUGCACGCAGACUGGAGCAGAAAGGGCGAGUUGUGGGCCAGUUGAAGGGGGUGAUGGAGCGCGUGCUGGACUUUGCCGUGUGCGAGUUGACCAAGAUCGUGGAGGCCUCGUUCGAUGACCUCCUCCUGGAGAUCACCAAGAAGGAGCGGGAGCAGAAAACCCUGGAGGAGUACCUGGGGAGGAGCACCGGGCUGGGAGGAGGCGCACCGGGAGACAGGGGGACCAGGGGGGCAAGCCGAAGACGGGGCUCCAAACACUCUUCAUCAUCACCCAGCGGCUCGGAGGCCACCAGAGAGGAUCUGGCUGAUGUCAUCGUAUCCAAGGAGACGCCCGAGGCUGAUGACCCAGACCGGCCGGCGGUGCUGUCCAUGUCCCAGGACUGGGUCCCCAUCCUGGACAAGGUGUUUGGACAAAAGUGGUGCAGCGACAUCUGGCAGGUCAAAGAGCUGGAGGUGGUUCGGGGGAAGGGCCCGGGGGAGGGGGGCCCGAGGUCUGUCACCACCCCUUUCAACCUGGUCCCCCUGGACAUGGAGCCAUCCCCCACCUUACCCCAUCAGGACCCCCGCUGGACCCCCCUGGAGGACAUGGAGGUCCUGUCCCCGGAUGACAACAAAGCGGGGAAGGGCCAUGACCGAGCCGUGAGCCCUGCAGAAUCCUUGCGCCGACGCUCUUUCGGCCUCCAUGCUCCAGCGCCUCCUCACGCUGCCCGCUCAGCUGACGGAGGACGACGACGACUGCGGGGGCUGCGAGGUCGAGCCCGCCCACUCCAUCUCCCUCAAUGUCGCCGACAUCCUGGAUGCCCUGGCCCCUGCGGGCGGCGGGGUCCGCAGUGGCUAUGAUGGAGGGCUGCUUGGCGUCUCUUCCCUUUCGACCAAACAGGGAGAACCAACACCACAGCAGCAGCAGCAAGCGGCGGUGGUGGUGGAGGAGGAAGAGGAGGAAAAAGGAAGGAAGAAGAGGAGGCGGGUGUGGUUGGAGUGUGACGAGUGCGGCCGGCGGUUCAGCCGCGCCUCGCUGCUCAAGACGCACCGGCAGACGCACGCCGCAGACGCCGCCUCCUCCGCCUCCUUCGCGGCCGCCGCGGGCGAGCC